CUGCGGCUAACAGAACAGUUUGCUUUUACCUGUGAACGUGUAACGAAGUCGUAACCAAAUUGAACGGACGGAACGUUGACAUCUUUCUGUGGAGAAGUGUAAAAAACCCAACAACAACAACAUAAAAAGGCUGAAGCGAAAAAAAAUUACAAAAUAAAACGAGAGCGCUUAAAAGAAGUGGCAACGGAAUAUACAUACAUGCAUGUGUAGAAGAUUUAUUUAAAGUGUGUGUGCGAAAGUAUUUGUGUAAAUAUCGUAGAGUCUCCACAGGCCCCCCAUCCCCGUUUCUUGUUUAUAACAAUAUCAGCAGGCUUAGUGUGAUUUUUUAGCAAAGAAAUUAUUUUAACAAAGAUAUACAAAAAUGAUUUAAAUAAAAAUGGCAAAAGUGGAAUUUUAGAGAAAAAAAUAAAUAUUAAAUAGAAGUCGUGAUAAGUUAGAAAAAAUAAAUGCAGUAGAGAAAAUAUUUUACAAAAAGUUAAAGUUUAAAGGAGAAAUAACAAAAUAAAGAAUACCAGAAAAUAAACAAACCACAAUUGCAAAACUCCAAGGAGAGAGAGAAAGAUAAAGCGAUACAGAGAACAACAGAAAUUUGGAUUAAACGUCAAACAGGAAUUGCCAAGAAAUAUAUAGAGAAAGAAAAACAACAAUGCAGCUUUAAGGAGCAAACCAAAAAACAAUUGUGAUGCUUGCCAUGGCUUAGAGUCAGCUUAACUGCCCAACACAGCAACAACAACACCGAUACCAACAACAGCAGCACCCAUCCAGCUAGCUUUACUGCCUUGACAUUAUGUCACAUCAAACAGCCAGACGUUCACAGGCUCCGACAAGCCUUGAAUGUCCACUGGCCUCGUUGGGCCGCAACAGUGCUGCCGUUAUGGAUAGCCUAAAUGGUUUGCAUCAGCCCACAUUUCAUCACCCACUUAGCUCGAGUCCCUUGGAUCCUCAGGUCUAUCAAAUGUCACGAAAAUCCCCCAAUCUGAGCAUUGAUACCGACACCGAGCCGAUAUAUCACAGCAAUGCCAAUAAUGCCACAGAAGACACCGUUGAUGGUCUGGUGGAGACGCCGAACACAAAUGGCAAUCCGAACAGUUCGAACAGCAAUCCACCACAAACGGGUGCACCGCCACCACCAAAUCCGCUAUACAACCUAUCAAGAUCUUCGUCACAAAGUUCCCUGGAUCAUCCGAUACAACCCAUACAACAUAAGGCAGCCACCUUUGAGUUACGCUCCAGUCGGGGUCACACGCUGAAUGGCAAUGCCUCGGUACUGCCCUCCUCGGCGUCGGUGGGUCGUACCGCACAACAGCAGCAACGUGCCAAUUUAUGUCUGCCACCCAAUGCCACGACGGCUGGCAAUGGAGCCACCAACCAACAGCAAAGAAACUUCUUGGCAUUGGAGCACUUGAUGCAAUACGGACGCCAUGAACGUGGACCCAGUGCCUAUGUUUUGCACAGCAACAGUGGCGAUACGGAAGAUUCCAGUGAUGCUGCCCCAGGAGUGGGGCCGAAUGCGAGUACAAAUCGUUUGGUACGCCACCAGGGCGGGAGGGCCAGUGCGGCCACCGUCAACACCAAUGGAACGGGUAGGAACUCCCAAUAUUAUUUGGACAAGAAAAUGGAAUCGCUGUAUUUAGGAAGUGCCAUACGGGGGUUACCCCUGGGGUCAGAGGCUAGCAAUUAUCAAAGUGAACGUUAUUAUCUGGAGGAUGGACUGCGGAGCAUGUGUAAUUUCAGCGAUGACAAUGAGCGGCUGCAAGAUCCCCACCUAAUACAUCAUCGCGCCUCCAGUCCCAGCGAAACAUCCGGCUCGGAUCGUUACCUCUUGAAUCGCACCAAUUCUCCCGCCAAUGCCUUCAGUUCAUCAAAUCGUCUGGAUAAUUUUUCCAGUUCGAAUAACAACACCUCAUCGUCGUCGAAUUUGGCCUUGGAUCAGCGGUAUCAUCAUACCAAAGUGAAAAGUCUAUCGGACGGCCUGUGUAAUCUGGGGAGAUUUUCACCUAGUCUAGAUCAGGGUUAUGCCACACUGGUGUCACCCUCACCGACAGGACAUCAUCCGAAUACGAUUACCACCCAUGGAAUUGUACAUCAUCCCCCACCGGCUGCCAUGUCAGCGGCAGCGGCCAUAGUACGGCGACAUGUGGAGACCGGUCCUCCACCAUGGUCGAAAAAGGGUCCUCUGCGCUCCGGGCCCUAUUUUGAUCGUCUACCCGAUGAAGCAAUUUUGAAAAUAUUCCAAUGGUUCGACAGCUGUGAACUGUGCAACUUGGCCAGAGUGUGUCGACGUUUUGAGCAACUGGCCUGGCGUCCGGUUUUGUGGAAAGUGAUUUCCCUGAAAGGGGAGCAUUUGAACGGGGACAAAGCUUUGAAAAUGAUGUUUCGCCAGCUAUGCGGCCAGACAAGAAAUGGAUCUUGUCCCGAAGUGGAAAGGGUUAUGUUGGCCGAGGGUUGCCGCAUAUCGGAUAAGGGUCUGCAGCUGCUGACACGCCGUUGCCCAGAGCUGACACAUUUACAGCUGCAAACGUGUGUCAAUGUCUCAAAUCAGGCCCUCAUUGAUGUUCUAACCAAAUGUACAAAUGUCCAGCAUUUAGAUGUGACAGGUUGCACCCAAAUUAACACCAUAACACCCAAUCCAAAUCUGGAGCCACCACGAAGAUUGUUGCUGCAAUAUUUGGAUUUAACCGACUGCACUGCCAUAGAUGAUGUCGGCCUCAAGAUUGUGGUGAAAAAUUGCCCCCAAUUGGUUUAUCUUUAUCUAAGACGCUGCAUACAAAUUACAGAUGCAGGCCUCAAAUUCGUGCCAAGUUUUUGCAUAGCCCUCAAAGAGCUCAGCGUCUCGGAUUGUGUAAAUAUCACCGAUUUCGGGCUUUACGAACUGGCCAAAUUGGGCGCUGUGCUGCGUUACCUAUCGGUGGCGAAAUGUGAUCGAGUCUCCGAUGCUGGCCUUAAAGUCAUAGCAAGACGAUGCUAUAAGUUACGCUAUCUAAAUGCUCGUGGCUGUGAGGCAGUGAGUGAUGAUUCUAUUACAGUUUUGGCUAGAUCCUGUCCACGCCUGAGAGCACUUGAUAUUGGGAAAUGUGAUGUCAGUGAUGCUGGACUACGCGCCCUGGCCGAAAGUUGUCCGAACCUGAAGAAAUUGAGUUUACGCAAUUGUGAUAUGAUCACCGAUCGUGGAGUACAAUGCAUUGCCUACUACUGUCGGGGGCUGCAACAGUUGAAUAUUCAGGAUUGUCAAAUCUCCAUUGAGGGCUAUCGAGCGGUGAAGAAGUAUUGCAAGCGUUGUGUUAUUGAACACACCAAUCCGGGAUUUUGUUAAUAGGCGAAGGGGGGAAGAAGUUGAAUUUAAUCGAGUUAAGGAAUUGAGUGACCUACGUUUGUAAAUAUCUGAUUAAAAAUAUUAUAAUUGGCCAAAAUUUCCAAAUUAUUAAUGAAAUUUGUACAGUCGAACGCGGUUGGAGGGAGUUUUUGAAAAGUAUUUAAAAUUUUUUUGACAAAAUAGAGUACUGGGGUAGGAUUCCUGUUCUAUGACAAGAGGAAAUAAAAAAUAUUUUCUUUUCGUUUUCGUUUUAAACUUCUUUUAAUUUCACAUUUUCAUGGAACAAGAAUUGGGACCCUGACUAUAGUACCGUCAUAUAUAUGCUGUUCGUUAUGACCGUGUUCUACUGUAAAUUUAUUUUUGGAAUCCAUCAACAAUUAGCCAUAAAUAAAGAAUUAUUUUCUCUCUCUAUGUAAAUUAUUUAAAACAAUUGUAUAAAAUUAUGAAUAAAUUUAUAAACAAAAUUUUU